AUGGUCCCCAUCAACGAAGAAGGAGAUGCGCCUAAGGAGCCCCACCAGGGUGAUGCAAAGAUCCAGAUCCAUGUGGAGUCGGUGGAAACCGUGGAAACCGUGGAACCUGACGAAACCAAUGCUGCACCGCGGGCCUCGGUGCUGUCGCCGUCGGCGCCACGGGCCUCGCUGUCCGGCCACUCGGGCCAUGCGGCGCGGAGCCGGGCAAGCAGGAAUCGUUUGAGCGAGAUGCAUUCAGUGGCCAUGAAAUCCAGCCGACAUGUCCUUGAGCAUCGGAAGAGAAAAGGGAGCAUUGGAGCUGAAAGUGAACCCAAUCAGCCCAUUGAGCCCGAAGACAAGCAGGUAGCCCAUGAGCCCGAAGACAAGCAGGUAGCCCAUGGGCCCGAAGACAAGCAGGUAGCCCAUGAGCCCGAGGACAAGCAGGUAGCCCAUGAGCCCGAGGACAAGCAGGUAGCCCAUGAGCCCGAAGACAAGCAGGUAGCCCAUGAGCCCGAGGACAAGCAGGUAGCCCAUGAGCCCGAAGACAAGCAGGUAUCGGCAGUGUUAUCUCAAGUGGAAGCAGCCAAGAGUAGCUUGGUGACAGCCCAAGAGGAGCUGCAGCAUCUGGCGGAGAUGGCUGCCGAUGUCGCACGGUCGGAGCAGAUCGCUGCCCUGACGGAGGAGCUUGCCGAGCAAAGUGCACGUCUGAAACUGCAGGAAUCCGAGAUGGGCCAAAUGACUGAGGCCUCGGAGGUAGCGCUGGCGUUGCAAGAGCGACUGAGUUUGGAGGAGGACGCUCACCUGUCCAGUCUACGCCAGUUGGAAGAGGAACGUUCGGUGCAAGAAGAAACCCUGAGCUGGGCUGGAAGACUGGAAGAGGAACAUCAUGAGCGCAGCAGAGAGGCCGACAUUGAACAGCAGCGCCUCAAGGCUGAGAUAGCUGAGCUGAUAGUCCACAAAGAACAGGGUCUGGCCUACCAGCAGUCGGAGCAGCGAGCGCAAGAGCUCGAGUCGCUGCAGCAGGAUGUGGCCGCGAAGGUCCAAGACCGGCAGCGCUGGGAGGAACGGUGUCAGCAGGCCGAGGCGCAUGGGGCGGCUGCUGAAGCAAAACAUCUCCAAGCCAAAGAGGGAAGGGCGAAAAUGGAGGAGGAGAUGGCGAUUUUGCGACAGGAACUUGUCGCACAAGAAGAGCUCUUGAGGCAAGAGAGUACCGAGAAUCACGCACGUCUAGCGGAGGAGGAGCAGCGCAACGUCACCCUGACGCGCACGGAGGAGGAAUGUCGGAGCAUUUUCGAGAACCUGGAGGUGAAGUUGGAGCGACAUGGGUCACUCACUGGUGGCAAGCUGGAGGAGAUGGAUGGCGACGCCCUAGGCUCGGACGAGGCGGCCUUCGAAGAGCGUGUGCACGAGGAGAUGAAAUCCCUCCGUAGAACUGAGACGGAUCUGAGACGGGCCAUCGCUGCGCACAGGUACGUCGUGAGGCAUAUGAUCAACGACAAGCCCUUGCUGCCUUCCCCAGUGGCCGCCAGAACCAAAGCCUUGGCAGAUGACGAGAAGGAGGAGAAGACCGUGAAGCUCAGCAGUCCUCCCAGAGACUUGGACAACAGGUAG